CAGUUCUCAAGAAAUGCCACCCCUUCAGAAAAUAUACAAAGACAACAAUGAUUGCCCAGGAGGUGCGGAAGGAUUUUCUGAAACAUCAGAUACGACUACGACUAUGCAUGGGAAUACCCAUGAUACAAGGAAAACAUUUAAAUGCCUGGAGUGUGGAAAAAUGUUUGGAUGGAAACAUACUCUAACGGCUCAUCAAAAAAAUCAUGCAGGGGAGAAAAUAUAUAAAUGCCCGGAGUGUGGGAAAAGCUUCAGUGAGAAAAGAAGACUGACUGUCCACCGAAGAACUCACACAGGGGAGAAACCAUACAAAUGCCUGGAAUGUAGAAAAAGCUUUAGUCAGAGCGGACAGUUUACUGCCCACCAAAGAAUUCACACAGGGGAGAAACCAUAUACAUGCCUGGAGUGUGGAAAAAGCUUCAGAGAGAGUAGAAGCCUUACUUCCCAUCGAAGAACUCACACAGGGGAGAAACCAUAUACAUGCCUGGAGUGUGGAAAAAGCUUCAGAGGGAGUGGACAGCUUACUGACCACCGAAGAAUUCACACAGGGGAGAAACCGUAUACAUGCCUGGAGUGUGGAAGAAGCUUCAGUCAAAGUGGACAGCUUACUACUCACCAAAGAACUCACACAGGGGAAAAACCGUACAAAUGCCUGGAGUGUACAAAAAGCUUUAGACGGAGUGGACAGCUUACUGACCACCAAAGAAUUCACACAGGGGAGAAACCAUAUACAUGCCUGGAGUGUGGAAAAAGCUUCAGUGGGGGUGGAUACCUUACUAUCCACCGAAGAAUUCACACAGGGGAGAAACCAUAUAAAUGCCUGGAGUGUGGGAAAAGCUUCAGAGGGAGUACACAUCUUACUGUUCACCAAAGAAUUCACACAGAGGAGAAACCAUAUAAAUGCUUGGAGUGUGGAAAAAGCUUCAGAGGGAGUACACAUCUUACUGUUCACCAAAGAAUUCAUACAGGGGAGAAACCAUAUAAAUGUUUGGAGUGUGGGAGAUGCUUCAAACACCGUUCAGCCCUUAAUUCCCACCAAAGAAUUCAUGCAGGGGAGAAACUAUACAAAUGCCUGGAUUGUGCUAAAAGCUUCAGUUGUAGUGAAAGCCUUACUGCCCACCGAAGAAUUCACUCAGGGGAAACCAUAUAAAUGCCUGGAGUGUGGAAAAGCCUUUGGACCAAUAGAGACUUUAACUUCCAUCACAGACUUCACACAAGAUAGAAAUCAUAUAAGGGUCUGAAAUGAGGAAAAAGCUUCAGUGAUAUUGGAAGUCUUAUUUUCCACCAAAAAAUUCAUGGAGGUGAUAAGAAAUAUAAAUGCCUGUAGUGUGGCAAAAGGUUCAAUGCGAGUAUACACCUUACUUCCCACCAAAGAAUUUACACAGAUGAGAGACCGCAUAACUGUAUUCAUGUAAAUCAAUCUCUAACUCAGGGCACCUUCACUUGGCCACUCAAACAGGCAGCUAUCUAUCUGCUAAUUAAGAAACUAUCUCUAGACAAAACUGAUGUGGUCAAUUAUCAUUCAGUCGCUAAUCUGGCCUUUCUGGGCAAAGUGAUUGAGAAAGUAGUAGCUGACCAACUCCAGAUCUUCUUGGAAAACUCUAGCACUCUAGACCCUUUCCAGUCUGGAUUCAGACCAAGGCACGGGACAAAGACAGCACUAGUAGCAUUAGUGGAUGAUCUCUGUCUGAACAUAGACAAAGGCCACGCCUCCUUAUUGCUCCUCCUGAAUCUGUCUGCAGCCUUUGACACAGUAGACCAAUGCAUCCUCUUGAGGCAUUUAGAAACAGAAGUGGGCAUCAAAGGAUGCGCGUUGGACUGCCUUAGACUCAAAAGGGUUGCCGUCAGAAAUCAGCUAUCUCCAGGUUCUGUCCCAAGUUCUUCAGGGCGCAACCUUAUCUCCCAUGUUAUUCCAUCUCUACAUAAAACCUUUAGGUUUACUUGUUAAGACAAGUUAAAAUAUUAUAAUAACACAGCAGUAGUGUAAGGUUCCACUUACUAGAGUUAUCACAAUUCAGCUAGAAAAAUAAAUGCAGCUGAAUAUUGCUAUCAGCUGUGUAAUUAGGAUGCAGUAGGUCUUACUAAUUAGAGUAGUUACACCCUAUUAAUCUUAUUCUCUACUUUCCCUUGCUCCACCACCCACCCGAUCAGAAUCAAACAAUAAGAUACGUGAAAUCAAUUAAAUAGAAUAAAAACCUCCCACAACCAGGCUGAGGAAAGAAAGCAGAAACUCACACACAGCAACAGUCUAAAAUGGCCACUAAAAGCACCAGUCGGCUAGGCACGAAAACAGAAAUGAGACUAAAGGAACGAAGAGCAAACUAGUUAAAAGGAAACAGCAAAGAGUACACAAGUUUGCCACCUAGAAAAAGUGAGAGAAAUCAAACUCCUUCCCUACUAGCCAGCCCAGAAAAGGAGGCAUGGUUCAGCAUCUCAGAAAGGAUGGGGAGCGGGGGGUAAUUGCUCAAGCCGAGCAAGGUCAGCUGCUAUCAAAACAAAAACCAAGAUUAAAGAACUAAGAGCUAGAGCCUCAAGAGAGCCUAUAAAUGUUUGAAUAACUAAGAUAACAAGUAUUUAACAGAGAAAUAGCAAUAAAAUAAAUCUGCUGGAGCAGCAGCUACACAUGUCCAAAUCACAACCCCGCCCAACCGCAAAACCUUUAGGAGAACUCAUUUGCAGCUAUGGAGUUGGAUGUCAUCAAAAUCAGAUGAUAUCCAACUCUAUAUCUGACUAUCCAGGUCCCCUCAGGAUGCAGUAGAAAUCUUAGAUCGCUGCCUGACAGCCAUAGUGAAAUGGGUGAAAAAUAAAUUAAAUUUGAACCCAGACAGGAUUGAAGUGAUGCUUGUUGGAAAGUGAACCACUGAAAAACAUUGUACUCUCCACUUUUGAUGGAGUUUGUUUGACCCUUGCAGACUCAGUGAAGAGCCUAGCGGUUAUACUGGAUCCCGUGCUACUACUAGAAAAACAAGUUAAGGCAGCUUCAAAAAAUGCUUACUACAGUCUCACUCUAGCCUGGAAGACGGCUUCUUAUCUUGGCACAGCUGACCUGGCCACCUGGAUCCAUGCUACGGUAACAUCAAAACAGUUCCAACAAGGAAUAAAUUCUGUCUCUUAUUUAAAAAACGUGCCUAUUGUAUGGCUCUAUACAUUGGUCUCCCAUCUAAGUUAACUAGGUGCCUCCAUUUGGUGCAAACUGCUGUGGAUCAACUAUUAUCAGGAGCGAGCAGGAGUUUGAACAUCACUCCCAUUCUACAGUCACGCCAUUGGCUACUUACCAGUUACUGUGCUCAGUUUAAGGUAUUGGUUAUUAUAUACAAAGCUCUUCAUGGCCUUGGUCAGGCGCACCUGUGGGACCACCUCCCUCCCUAUGCCCCUCCAUGGCAGCUUCACUCAUCUGAAAUGGGUCUCUUGCAGGUGCUAGCCUGUACAUGGGUGAAAUCAACAGCAGCCUGCACACGGGCUUUGGGCCUAUUCGAAUCCAUGUUCCUUUUGACACACGGUUAAAGAGCUAUGUUUGCUGGAGAAAGGGGUUUUGUAAUAGCCUUUUGUUUGAACUCUGAUAUUUCACAACAGCCUUUGUUUAAAAGACAAGAUGUUCUGCCAAAACCACUGGCAAUUAUUAAAGCCAGAGGCAGUAUGAUCUGGAAAGUUUGGGUUGCAGUUGGGCCAUGAAGAAUCUUGACCACAAUGGAGUGGUUUGAAUUUUUGGCAGUCGGACACAGUUUAUGAUUUCCUUUUUGCUGACAUGGUUUAUGAUUUCCUUUUGAGCUAAAUUUUCAGAAUAACAAGAGUUCACAGAGAGUUCGUGCUGUCUUUUUCCUGAAGCAAGGAUGCAGACUUCCAUUUUUGACCUUAGCAAAUCUUUACUUUAAGACCCCUACUCAAUUUGGUGACUGAGGCUGAGAGGAAGACUGAUGGGGGGGGGACAACUUUAGUAGAUUGCUUCCUCCUCCUGCAGAUGGUUUAAGAUGCUGUAUAUUCAUGUUGUAUUGGGUAGAUUAGAGAGAUUAUGGAAACAUGAUUCCUCAUAAGGAAAGUACAGGGAUUUUCAGAUGAAGUUAAUAGUUGAACUUAAAAGGGAAGAGGUUAGUUCACUAUUUAGAAUAGGGGAAUCAGUUAUAACCUUUAGUACUCUCGCAACGCUCUCAAGUAUUAUUUCUCAAGUUUAAUGCUCUCAAGUAUUUAUUCAAACUGCUAUUUCAUUUAUUCAUCCUGAUAUGAGUUCUUAGUGCUCUUAGGAUCAUGUAUUCAUAUAGAAGAAUAUUCACAUGCACACAGAGGUAUAUAUGUAUCAGGCACGUUCAUAUCCAUAUAAGGUAGUCAGGAUAGAUGGUUAUAUAAGUAAUGGCUAAGUUAAGAGAUGUUAUUCAUUUAAGGGACAAGGUUUGGGAUGCUGCAAUGGAAACAUAGUUGGAUAGUGAUAUGUUUUAGGAAAUUCCAAGAUGGGUUAAAGUGACCCAGGAGGGAAAAAUAGUUCUGGGAAAAGGGGAAGUUAUAUAACCACAGGCGAGUCAAGUCCCAUAACAAAGGAAAUUCAGUAAGGUUACAAUUGUUUUGCAAAAUGUUAUUGAUUGUGGUACUUUCCUUGCCAAAGAUGAGAUAAAUCCCAGGGAUCCGAUUGGAUGAGAGAGGUGGGCAGAUUUGCCCAAGAGGGUAUAAAAGAUGGGUGUAGAGCUGAGAAAAACACGAGCCCCUGGCUUGCAAGUGCCCCAGACAGAAAGCUAAGCAUCUUUCUCUGCGAUACAGAUCUCCUGGAUUGGUGAGACAUUAUGCUAUACCAUGACAAUAUAUAAUUCAAAUGUUAUUACCUUUGCUUUUGCUGGACGAGUACUGUUAGAAAUAAAGUUAAGUUCUAGAAUUUUUCUUUAUGCAUUACACGUUUUCCCUUAUGUUACA